UAGAAACCUGACGAUUAACAAAAACUCGGCGGCGAUUGAGACGGAAAGAUGCAGAUCUUCGUGAAAACCUUGACCGGCAAGACCAUCACGCUCGAGGUUGAGAGCAGUGACACCAUCGACAAUGUGAAAGCUAAGAUUCAAGAUAAGGAAGGUAUUCCACCGGAUCAGCAGAGAUUGAUCUUUGCCGGCAAGCAGCUUGAAGAUGGCCGAACUCUCGCUGAUUAUAACAUCCAGAAAGAAUCCACUCUCCAUUUGGUUUUGAGGCUAAGGGGAGGAAUCAUUGAGCCUUCUUUGAUGGCAUUGGCUAGGAAAUACAACCAAGACAAGACCAUUUGCCGCAAGUGCUAUGCUCGUUUGCACCCGAGGGCUGUAAACUGCCGGAAAAAGAAGUGUGGCCACAGCAAUCAGCUGAGGCCAAAGAAGAAGAUCAAGUGAAGAGUUGAGUAUUGUUUUAUGUGUUGGAUCUGGGUCAAAAUGUGUUUAUUACAUUAGAUAUUCUGGAUAUGUUGGUUGUUUUUGCUUGCAAAUUUCCAUUUUUUUUCUUGAGAGUUGAUUAUUAUGGUUCAGAUCCAUUUGAUUGAAAAAGAUGGACUUUUAGGU